UCUUCCGAUUUAAUGUUCACGCCCGUCUCCUCAAUUUCUCACUCUCCUCAAACUUCGCGUCUCUUGCUUCGAAUUCGAAAUCCCUAAUUCCAAAAUCCCCAGGUUUUAGAAAGAGUAUUGCAAAGAUGUCUUCUGAUUCGUCUCGGGAAGAGAAUGUGUACAUGGCCAAGUUGGCCGAGCAGGCUGAGCGUUAUGAGGAAAUGGUUGAGUUCAUGGAGAAAGUUGCAAAGACAGUCGAUACUGCGGAGCUUACUGUCGAAGAGAGGAACCUCUUGUCUGUUGCCUACAAGAACGUGAUUGGUGCUAGGAGGGCUUCGUGGAGAAUCAUCUCCUCCAUUGAGCAGAAGGAAGAAAGCAGGGGAAACAACGAUCACGUCUCGAUUAUCAAGGACUACAGAGGGAAGAUUGAAACUGAGCUCAGCAAGAUUUGCGAUGGCAUUUUGAACCUGCUCGAGUCUCACCUUGUUCCUACUGCAUCCUUGGCUGAGUCCAAAGUUUUCUACCUCAAAAUGAAGGGAGACUAUCACCGCUACCUCGCCGAGUUCAAGACUGGAGCUGAGAGGAAAGAAGCUGCUGAGAGCACUCUUUUGGCGUACAAGUCAGCUCAGGAUAUUGCUCUUGCUGAUCUUCCUCCCACUCACCCAAUCAGGCUGGGGCUUGCUCUUAACUUCUCUGUUUUCUACUAUGAGAUUCUCAACUCAUCUGAUCGUGCUUGUAACCUCGCAAAACAGGCUUUUGAUGAGGCAAUCUCUGAGCUAGACACAUUGGGAGAGGAAUCAUACAAGGACAGUACAUUGAUCAUGCAGCUUCUCCGUGACAAUCUCACCCUCUGGACUUCUGACCUCAAUGACGAAGCUGGUGAUGAUAUCAAGGAAGCCUCGAAAGAGGUGCAGAAAGGUGACGAACAAGCCCAACCACCGCCGUCGCAGUGAUGAAACCAUGUCCAUGGAAUGAAUUACAAAGAAAUCGUAUUGUUUAGUUCUGUGUGUUUUCACGUAAACCCAAAAAAAAAAAUCUCGUAGUUUCUUUAAACGUGGGGUUUGUAAAGAUAUUCAAGUCACAUUGGUUUAAAAUUUGGAUAAUCGAAAUUGUUGAGUAUCAACUUGUUUGUGGCUA